UCACUUCUUUGGGAACCUGUCUGAGAAAGAUCACUGCAUAAAGGUGGCUGGGACUGAAGUCCUUAUGGCCUUAUUACUGGAAACUAGCACCCUGGAGGACAAGUGGGAUUUGGUUUUUUCUGCAAUACAGUGGAUACAAUUUAUUAUGGCUACUCUGAGUAUUAUAGGUUCAAGUUCACUUAUUACCUAUGCUGUAUUCAAGAAUAGACCAAAUUCUUCAGAGAUAAGGCCACUUUUUUGUCUGAGCUUGUCUGACCUGCUACUGGGAAUUUGUGGGCUUACUGAGGCACUUCUCUAUGGAACUUCAACGGCCAGUAAGGACAUCAUCUGCUAUAACUUGCAAGUACUUGGACAGGUAUUCUACAUUUCCUCAUUUCUCUACACCAUCAAUUACAUCUGGUAUUUGUGCACAGAACUAAGGAUGAAACACAACCAGAGUGGACAGAACACAUCUCCACUGCAGUUUCAGAAGUUCAGUCCAUGGUCAACCAACUCCAUAGCUCUGGGCCCCAAGGUUGUAGAUUAUACUUGUCGAGUUGGUCAAAUCACCCUCAUUUUGUCAAGCCUAAUACCUCUACUAUUGAUGACACCUGUUUUCUGUCUGGGCAAUGCCAGUGAAUGUUUCCACAACUUCUGUCAGAGCAACAGGUGUAUCCUGAUGCACUCACCACCAUCAGUCAUGGCCGAACUCCUGCCUUCUGCCAACACAUCUGUCUGCAGCACACUUUAUUUUUAUAGUAUCACCAUUUUCUUGGCUAGCUUUUUACUCAGCCUCCUAACUAUUAUGGUCUUACUCAUCCAAGCCCAGACAGUAUGUAAGAAGUUUGUGAAAUCAUCUGACUUUCUGGGAACUGAACAGCAGGUAGUGACUCACAUUGAGGAGCAGCGAGUGCGCUUCUAUCCAGUGACCUUCUUAUGCUGCUGGGGUCCAGCUGUUGUGCUGAUAAUCAUAAAGCUGACCAAGCCACAGGACACCAAGCUACAUAUGGCCCUUUAUGUUCUUCAGGCUCUAACAGUGGCAUCCCAGGGUCUGCUCCACUGUGCAGUACAUGGAUGGACACAGCACAAGUUCCACCAGCUAAAGGAAGAGGCGCAACGUGAUGUGGAUACCCAGACACCAUUAUUAUGCUCACAGAAGAGAAUCUAUGGCAGAGGCCUAGAUCCAUUAGAGUCUACCAUUACUUUUGCCACUAGCUCCUCCACCAUUCUUUGAAAUUACAAUGCUGGAAUAUCCAGGAACUGAAAUUAUUUAUCACUAAUGAAUUGGGAAGAAUGUUGGGUAACCAUAUCCUACACCAACUUCCUUAACAAGACCCCCUGAAACUCAAGAAAUAGAAUCAAGAGUAAGUGGGAUGGCUUCAAAUAAAAAAACUUCUGCAUAGCAAAGGAAACAAGAGCAUAAAGAGAGAGCCUAUAGAAUAGGAGAAUCUUUGCUGACUACUCUUCUGACAGGAGAUUAAUAUCCAG